AGCCUGGACCUCUCUCCCUCUUCAAUCUCUCUUUUUCUUGCAGAUCAGUCUCUCUCUCUGUCUCUGUGUCUCUGCAUAGGCAAUCAGAGCUCUUACUCACAAACCCAACUCUCCUUCUUGCACUGAUUUUGUAAUGAAUUUUCUUCCUGAAUGUAGGUCGUUUACAACAGUAAGCGCCAGUUUCCUCCAAAUCCAGCGUUGUUGUUGCUUUUUUAUUUUUAUUUUUUGUGGUCGUUGCAUUCCUUUGGACAAGAAAAUCGCGUUGGAUUCCAAAAAACAGAGGGGAGCCUUGUUUGAAUAAUUCCUGUUGUCUGAUAUCCUGUCAGGAUUCCCUGGAAGAAUUUGGCUGAGUAAAAAAGGACCUCCGUGCAGCUGCAGCUAUCGCACUGUUAAGGAGAAAAAUUGUGUUGCAACUAAAAUGACGACAUGCUGCCUCCCACGGAGAGAUUGUGAAGCAUUCUCAAAAACACAAUUCAGUGGCUGAUUGAUCUUGUUGGAAUCUAUUGGAAGGAAUCAUUGUGCCAAUGAAGCAGAGUGACUGCUGACCACGUUCUCCUUCUCAGCCUGCUGGGAAGUACCACCAGGAUUAAACCAGCAUUGGAGCCUGGGGAUGGGCCUUAGGGACGAGGACUCCCUUGGUUGUCCUGACGUUGGAAUCUGUCUAUGGUCAAUCAACUGAGGCACCAACCACACUCAUUCUUAGGCUUUUAAUUACCUGAAAAUAUUACGUGUUGCCUUUCACUUCAUCUCCCUUUGUCUCCCUGGCUGUGGAAGACAGUGCCCUGCUGAUGUUGAUAUAAACAAUGUCAAGGCCAAUGGGACUCCUAUGGCUGCCUUUGAUCUUCACCCCAGUUUGUGUCAUGUUGAAUUCUAACUUCCUUUUGUGGAUAACUGCACUAGCUAUAAGAUUUACCCUCAUUGAUGGCCAAGCACAAUACCCUGUUGUUACCACGAAUUAUGGCAAAAUACGUGGCCUAAGAACACCUUUGCCCAAUGAGAUCCUGGGCCCAGUGGAGCAGUACCUGGGAGUUCCUUAUGCCUCCCCUCCAACUGGGGAGAGGCGAUUCCAGCCCCCAGAACCUCCCUCCUCAUGGACUGGGGUUCGGAAUGCCACGCAGUUUGCUGCCGUCUGCCCACAGUACCUGGAUGAGAGGUCACUGCUCAAUGACAUGCUGCCGGUCUGGUUUACUGCCAAUUUGGAUACCGUUGUGACAUAUGUGCAAGAUCAAAAUGAAGAUUGCCUGUAUUUGAAUAUCUAUGUGCCCACUGAGGAUGGAGCCAACACAAAGAAAAGCGCAGAUGAUAUAACCAAUAAUGAUCGCGGUGAAGAUGAAGACAUUCAUGAUCAGAACAACAAGAAACCUGUUAUGGUCUACAUCCACGGGGGAUCUUACAUGGAGGGUACUGGCAACAUGAUUGAUGGGAGCAUUCUAGCAAGCUAUGGAAAUGUCAUUGUUGUAACGCUCAACUACAGGCUGGGGGUUUUAGGUUUUCUAAGUACUGGAGACCAAGCUGCAAAAGGCAAUUAUGGAUUGCUUGACCAAAUCCAAGCUUUACGAUGGAUUGAAGAAAAUAUUGGAUCCUUUGGAGGAGACCCAAAAAGAGUUACUAUUUUUGGAUCCGGAGCAGGAGCAUCCUGUGUUAGUCUGCUAACACUAUCUCACUAUUCAGAAGGUUUAUUCCAAAAGGCAAUCAUACAGAGUGGAACAGCCCUGUCCAGCUGGGCAGUGAACUACCAGCCUGCCAAAUACACUCGGAUAUUGGCAGAUAAAGUGGGCUGCGACAUGCUGGAUACCACUGACUUAGUUGAAUGCCUUCGGAAUAAGAACUACAAAGAACUCAUUCAGCAGACUAUCACUCCAGCCACGUACCACAUUGCCUUUGGGCCUGUGAUUGAUGGGGAUGUGAUUCCAGAUGACCCUCAGAUUCUAAUGGAGCAGGGAGAGUUCCUUAACUAUGACAUAAUGCUAGGUGUGAACCAAGGGGAAGGCUUAAAAUUUGUGGAUGGCAUUGUGGACAACGAAGAUGGUGUUUCCCCAAAUGACUUUGACUUUUCCGUCUCCAAUUUUGUGGACAAUCUGUAUGGCUAUCCAGAAGGGAAGGAUACGCUCCGGGAGACCAUUAAAUUCAUGUACACUGACUGGGCAGAUAAGGAAAACCCUGAAACACGAAGGAAGACCCUGGUAGCUCUGUUUACUGAUCACCAGUGGGUUGCCCCAGCUGUUGCUACAGCUGACCUGCAUGCCCAAUAUGGCUCUCCAACAUAUUUCUAUGCAUUUUAUCACCACUGCCAAAGUGAAAUGAAACCAAGCUGGGCUGAUUCAGCACAUGGUGAUGAAGUUCCUUAUGUGUUUGGCAUUCCCAUGAUUGGUCCCACCGAAUUGUUCAACUGCAACUUCUCCAAAAAUGACGUCAUGCUCAGUGCAGUAGUUAUGACAUACUGGACAAAUUUCGCCAAAACUGGAGAUCCAAACCAGCCUGUUCCACAAGACACAAAGUUCAUCCAUACAAAACCCAACCGUUUUGAAGAAGUGGCCUGGUCUAAGUAUAACCCUAAAGACCAGCUCUAUCUGCACAUUGGCCUGAAACCCCGAGUUCGGGAUCACUAUCGAGCAACAAAAGUCGCCUUCUGGUUGGAACUUGUACCACACUUGCACAACUUAAAUGAAAUAUUUCAGUAUGUUUCCACAACAACUAAGGUGCCGCCUCCUGAUAUGACCUCAUUUCCUUAUGUCACCAGACGUUCUCCUGGAAAGUUGUGGCCAGCGACAAAACGCCCAGCAAUGACACCAGCCAACAAUCCUAAACAUUCAAAGGACACCCACAAAACAGCCCCAGAGGAUACAACUGUCCUGAUAGAAAACAAGCGAGAUUAUUCCACAGAGCUGAGUGUUACCAUCGCAGUGGGGGCAUCCUUGUUAUUCCUCAACAUUUUAGCUUUUGCUGCAUUGUAUUACAAGAAAGACAAGCGACGUCACGAGACACACAGGCGCCCUAGCCCCCAGAGGAACACAACCAAUGAUAUAGCGCACAUACAAAAUGAAGAGAUUAUGUCAUUGCAGAUGAAACAACUAGAGCAUGACCAUGAGUGUGAAUCGCUGCAGGCACAUGACACCCUGAGACUAACCUGUCCACCUGACUACACCCUUACUUUGAGAAGGUCCCCAGAUGACAUUCCACUAAUGACACCCAACACCAUAACCAUGAUUCCAAAUACAUUAACAGGAAUGCAACCUUUGCAUACUUUCAACACCUUCAGUGGAGGACAAAACAGUACUAAUUUACCCCAUGGACAUUCCACAACUAGGGUAUAGCUCUGCCAUUUCCCCCUCUUACCCCACAAGCCACUUGGAAGAAAAAGAAGUAGAGAAAAGAGCAUUCACCAUUGAACAACUUGUUAAAAAACAACAACAAAAAGUAAACACGAAGGGCAGUCCUUAUUUUCUUACUGAUCCUUCCCAUAGAAACUCUCUGAUAUUAAAAAUCAGCUUCAAACCCUGUGAAAUGUGAAACAUGUACAUUGCUGUUAUGAUACUGCUUUAAGAUCUCAGCCGCUUUGAUUGAAAGUUGAUGCCAGAAGAAAUCACUUGAAAGGAUGUUUUGAGAGUAACAAACAGAAGCAGAAUCUUCUGGAACACAGAGCCAGUGACUGUACAGUUUUUUUAAUAUAUGAAAUAAAAACAAAAACACCAGUUCUUUAUGUGCCAUACCAUGACUGGCCCUUGUUAAAACAAAGACAUCACCGUGGGCUUUUAUCCAGCAUAAGAAGCUGUAACCAGAAGGGGGAAAUAGGAUUUUAUUGUUAAAAAUAAGAGGACUAUGCAGUAAAAUACGUAUAGUUCUGUGCAAAGAGAUGACUUGCCAGCCUGAACUAUAUUUAAAGAAACUUUGUAAAAAGUGUACAUAGCUGUGAGUUUAAAAAAAUAAGCUUUUAUUGACGUUUUCAGUUUGAAAAGAACUUUUAGAGAUUGUGCUUUCAGUUGUGACCUAUGUGUAUAUACAUUAGUCAUAUCACCUCUGUUUCCUCCAGACCAAAAGGAGGAUUUUCUUCUUAAUUACUAGUGGUGAACAAAGACAUGAGUUUUUCUAACAUGUUUCAUUUAUAGGAGGACAUGGUAUCAUACACAGAAUACAGUUGUCUGUGUGACCUGCGUAUUUUCCCUUACAGGUUACAGAAGUGCAUGUUAAAGCAUUCUUAGGAGACAGUUGUUUUUUAGAUUUUUUUCUUUUCUUUUUGUGUUAGCCUUCAUUAAAUUGCAACACAGAGAUGGAUCAGAAAAUGGAAAUCACGAUUAUUGUUUUAAGCUUGUUGAAUUGAGCAAAGAAACAACAAUACAAUGAGUCCAGUUUUGUAGUUCUUGGUUAUUUUAAUACAUUAGGAAGACUUGCUUCACAAUCUAGUGCCCUGACAAACUCAAAGAAAACCUGCCUCUUGGUCAGUCUUUUAUGAGGAAAACUAGCUCUAUAUUCACCAGCAGCUGCAGAAGAGCUUUUGCUGAGGAAGCACCCACUCAGCUUUGCCAAACUGAGGGAAAAUGAAAUUUGACAGAGAAAGGGGGUGGGGUGGUUUGUUUGGUUUUUUAAAAGUGGAAAGGUCAUGACUGAUUGGUAUGAAAAGAGCUUUUUCAGCCAGUAUCCCGUUAUGGUGAUCAAGAGUGCACCUGUCUGAAAACUCUAUUUUUGCUGGUUAAUUAUAUAGCUGUGACAAAACCAGUCAAUAUUGUUGAGAACUAAAAAGAGAGGUAGCUAAAUGUGCUCUGUGUGAAUUUAUAUGAAAAUUCUGGACAGCUUCAUUGUCAGUAAAAGGUGAAAUUAUUAUUCUCCCCUGCCCUCCCUUAACUGGGGAACUAAGGGCAAAAACAAGCUGUCGCACAAGGGGCUCAGCAGUUUCAUUUAAACAGCUGAUUCAAGUGCGAAAAGCUAGACAUGAAUUAUUAACUGAUGAAGGUUGUUUAUAUUUUGUCGCUAGAAAGUGACUGCAUCAUCAAGAGAUAGUAACCAAAGAUAUUUGAACAAAGUUGCUCUGCACUUGAACAUGACUAUCCCAGAUGUAUUUUGUAUUUUUAUUUCAGUACCAAACUGGGCACGGCACCGUCAUAUUGUCUGUCCCAUACAGAACCUAACACAAGAUGCCUUCUACCUUUGUGAUAAAACACUUUGGAAUAGCCAGCCCGUGAAAUGAUAUUGUAGACAAUGAUAUCAAAAUCUGUGGGCUCUGCACAACUCCUUGCUGUGUGUGCAUGGCAGAGAAGUGGGUUCUGAGAGAAAUGAAAAGAGAUUUAAUACAGUAAAAAUGCAUCAUAUGACCAAUCAUGUUUUAUACGUAAGAAGACAGAUAUGUUAUGCAGAUUAGAAAGUGUUGAAGCAACAGUCCCAACCUGCAUCUAGUAGCAAAUGGAAAAAUUUCUUCUUCACUGAUCCAUCCCAUAAUGUUUAUUAAAGCUGACUCUUUACCAGGCCAUUUCCACAACCUAUGUAUUGCCUCAGCUGAGAUGCAGUAGUUCAUGACUCUAAAAAAAGGCAGUGAUGCUUGGCAUCAUAACCAGUUGGGUAUAUUUGUAAUGUGAAUUACAGUAUUUGUUUAGUACUUCCAAUUGUCUUCUGCUAGCAAUAUGUACAGUAAUGUGUCAGGCUUGUGACAUUUGGGUAAAAAAGUUCCUGUAAGUGAAUGAUUUUAGCUUUUAAAAAUAAUUAUGAUCAAGUCAAUUUAAUAAUUUAAUACAUCUGAAUUGAUGUAUGAUUUAUAAAUGGAAAAUAUUUAUAGAAUCUUCAUAGAAUUCUAUAAUAAUGAUAACAGAAUAUACUUGGCAAAGAAAAGAAAACAAGAACUUUCCCAGGCUUAUAGUCUUGACCUUAAGAGGCACGCAGGGUUUAAUGGUUUCUUUUGUUAUUGUUUUGCAAAUUUUUGUUUUUGCCUUAAGUAAUGAUAGAAGAUAUAUAUGGCUGGACACAUAUGUAUAAACUUUUCAGCAGCAUUUUUAAUAAUAAAAUAUCACAGUAUUUUCUAA